AUGACUCUGAAAGGAAGCUGCAUGUGCGGUGGUAUCACCUACACUGCUGAAUCCGAGCCCCUCAUUACGGCGCUCUGCCACUGCACUGAUUGCCAGAAGUGGACAGGUGGAGCAUUCACAUCCAAUGUAGUCGUGCCCCGCGACUCCUUUAAAAUCGUGAAAGGAACACCCAAAACGUACGAUAUCACCGGUGACAGCGGAAAGAACAACCGCCACUUCUUCUGCCCUGAAUGCGGAUCCAGCCUGUACACGCAGCUUGACAUCAUGCCUGACAAGACAGUCAUCAAGGCUGGUGGUCUUGAUGGGGGCGAGGCGGCACUGAAGAACAAGGUUGAUGUGGAGUUCUAUGUGAAGGAUCGCGUGCCGUAUCUUGCUGCAGCCGGAGAUGCGAAGCAGGAGCAGCGAUUCGGUUAG